CUCCGGGCUGAUGGGUGGAUAGGCUGACGACGGGCCAAGAAGCCGAAUCCCACACUGCCCGUGGCCAUGGCGCUGCUCCUCUCCCCGACCGUCUCCUUCCUCGCCUCCUCCUCCGCCUCCCCGCCUCGCGCCAGAGCUCUCCCCGCCUCCGCCAAUGUCGCCUCCACCAUCCCCGCCCCAAGGCUCCAGUGCAAGAAUCUCUCCUCGCAGAGCCCUCUGAAUGCUUCUUUCACCAAGAAGAGGCUAGUUUCUGUCCAUGCCUCGGCAGAGGCUGGCGCAGAAGAAGCUGGCACAGAUCAACCAGAGGAGCCAAAACCCACGGUUUCGAUUGAGACAAUGCCGCUCGAAACUAAGCAGAAGAUGAUCAUGGAGCAGAGGGCGAAGAUGAAGCUGGCCAAGAAGCUGAGGCAGCGGCGCAGGAGGCUUGUCCAGAAGAGGCGGCUGAGGAAGAAAGGUAGAUGGCCACCAUCCAAGAUGAAGAAGCUCAAGAACGUCUAACCAGCAGUGAUGUCGGUCGCUGUUCUUCUGUACACCUCUAUGUUCUGUUCAUCCGUCUCUGUAUUUCCUAAGCUGAUGCCCAGCGAAUUUUGCUGUUCAAAAUAUGAAACACAAUGUUUGCAAAAUGUGAUUAUUUCUUUCCCGAUGAAAUUUCAUCUUGUAUUUUUUA